AUGACUGUUGGCAAAGACGAAGUUUUCGAAGCCACAUAUGCUGUAGCAAUGCACUGUCAAGGUUGCGCUAAUGAUAUCAAAAGUACAUUGGAUAAAUUACCAGAGGAUAAGGAAAUAAAUUUUGAUAUUGAGAAUCAAAUUAUGAGCAUCAAGAGUAAUAUUCCUCCAUCUACAAUUAUUGAGACAUUACAGAAAGAGUGUAAAAAAGAUGCAAUUAUUCGUGGUGCUGGUGGUAGUAAUUCUUCAGCAGUUUGUAUAUUAGAGACCGCUGAAGGUGAUAGUGAUAAUGUAAACACGAAUAAUACCAGAGUAAGAGGUCUAGUUCGUAUGGUUGAAGUAAACGAUGGGAAAAAGACAUUGUUUGACGUAACCUUGAAUGGUGUCAGAUAUCCUGGUCAAUAUACCAUGACUGUGAAUGAAAAUGGUGAUAUUUCUAAAGGUUUUAAGACUGUUGGUGGAAUGAUGCACAAAUUUAACCAGAUGUUGACUUGUAAUGAUGCAAGUGAUAUAUCCAAAGUUGACAAGCUGUACAGUGGUAAAAGCUUUUUCAGCGAAGAUGAUAUACCGAUUUGGAAAUUAAUUGGCCGUAGUAUUACAAUGAAGAGCAAUACCAAUCCAGAAUAUGGUGUAUUAGGUGUAAUAGCACGUAGUGCAGGAGUAUGGGAAAAUGACAAACAAGUAUGUGCAUGUAGUGGUAAGACUGUUUGGCAAGAACGUCAAGAUGCUCAUGAACAUAAUAUUCAUUUCUAG